AUGAAGGAAAGAGGUUUGAUGAAGAGGAAAGCUAAUGACGGAAUGGUCCCCUUAAUCGGUGUCAUUGUGGUUGGUAUUUUGGUAUCAAUUUUAUUGGUAAUGUUUGUUGUGUAUCGGAUGCGGAAGAAAGAUGAAGGUAGCUAUGCUUUGGAUGAACCAAAACAGCCGCCGCAUUAUUCAUAUGCCUAUCAAAAAGCACCAACAAAAGAAUUUUAUGCCUAA